CAAAAUUAUACAAAAGUACAAGGGCAUCGAAGCAAAAAAAAUAAUACUCCCCCAAUAAUUUUCUCUUUCCUUCUGACCCCCGCCCUCCUUUUCUUCCUCCUCUUCAUGAAACUCUACCGCCAUCGCCCCCAAUCACGGCUGAGUAAUCUAACCCUAAUUUGACAUCCGAAAUUCACAAUCCUCAGACGCCUUCCCGAUAUUAUCGCGAGCGAAAAUGUCGAGGAGAACAAUUCCGAUCCUCAAGCAGGUCCUCUCUGGCGGCCGAUCCGCGACCUCGUCUCGAUCCGUGACGUACAUGCCCCGACCAGGCGACGGAAACCCCCGCCCCGUUACCCUGAUUCCCGGAGACGGCGUGGGACCGCUCGUCACCGGUGCGGUGGAGCAGGUGAUGGAGGCGAUGCACGCGCCGGUGUACUUCGAGAAAUACGACGUCCACGGUGAUAUGAAGAGCGUGCCUCCGGAGGUGAUCGAAUCGAUUAAGAAGAACAAGGUUUGUCUCAAGGGAGGUCUGAAAACGCCUGUUGGUGGUGGGGUGAGCUCGCUGAAUGUGUUGUUGAGGAGGGAGCUUGAUCUUUACGCGUCCCUCGUGCACUGUUUUAAUCUGCAGGGGCUUCCCACUCGGCACGAUAACGUGGAUAUUGUCGUGAUUCGGGAGAACACUGAGGGAGAAUACUCAGGACUCGAGCACGAGGUUGUUCCUGGAGUUGUUGAAAGCCUGAAGGUCAUAACAAAGUUCUGUUCUGAACGAAUUGCAAAGUAUGCCUUCGAGUAUGCCUAUCUCAACAACCGGAAGAAAGUCACUGCCGUGCAUAAAGCAAAUAUUAUGAAGCUUGCAGAUGGUUUAUUUUUGGAGUCCUGUCGUGAAGUUGCCAGCAAGUACCCCAGUAUCCAGUACAAUGAGAUGAUUGUGGAUAACUGUUCCAUGCAACUUGUUUCUAAACCAGAGCAAUUCGAUGUUAUGGUGACUCCUAAUCUAUAUGGGAAUCUAGUUGCAAAUACAGCUGCUGGCAUUGCUGGGGGUACUGGAGUCAUGCCUGGGGGGAAUGUUGGGGCAGAUCAUGCAAUUUUCGAGCAAGGUGCUUCUGCUGGUAAUGUAGGGAAUGAGAAAUUGCUGGAGCAAAAGAAGGCAAAUCCAGUAGCUCUUCUCCUUUCUUCGGCUAUGAUGCUAAGACACUUGCAGUUUCCUUCAUUUGCUGAUCGACUAGAAACUGCUGUGAAGCGUGUUAUAGCCGAAGGUAAAUACCGGACAAAGGAUCUCGGUGGAGACAGUACCACCCAAGAAGUUGUGGAUGCUGUCAUAGCUAAUCUCGGCUGAGUUUUCUGCUUUACCUGAUGGACUAUUUCAUUUAGUGGCUGGUAAUGAUAUUUUUUAUUUUAUUUUCAAGUUUGCUUUACAAUUUACAUAUCCAAUUUUUGUGCCUGCCCCUUGGGCAAUAUUCAGAGUCAAAAAUAAUGAUUUCGAGUCCUAUUAUGACACGGAACAAUGAGAACUAAGCUUCUCAGAAUAUGCUAUUGGAUUUCCAAUUUAUGAAGUUCUAUUUUAAUUCAUUGAGGUUCUGUACAGUUUCUGAAUAGCUACUGCCACUAUUUAUUGCAUUGAA